AUGGCAUAUUUGUCGCUCGCUGGAAAGACAAUAGUGUUGUUUACAGUCGCAUCGACAUCAUAUGGUAUUGAGCCUAUUGCUAGUGUGAAGCGCUUCUCUCAGUCAGAAAAGAAAUAUCUCCACAUUCAACAACCCUUUGUGAUAAAACAGUAUAAUCACCACAUGGGAGGGACGGACCUUAUGGAUGAGGACAUAAGCACCCACAGAAUUGGGAUCAGGGGAAAGAAGUGGUGGUGGCCUUUGUUUACAUGGCUUAUAGAUCUGGGCACCACUAAUGCUUGGCGACUUCUCAGAUUGUCAGGGAACAAAAUGACAAAACUGACAUUUAGAAGAGAAAUAGUUCAAUGCUACUUAACAAGGUUACAAGACUCCUCCAGCUCUUCCCGGCCCAAGUACUUCAAGAAAGGUCUUCGUUGCAAAAAAUAA